UUUUUUUUCCAAACUUGAUUUUUUUUUUCAACUUUUUCCUGCAUGUGAACCUUUAAGGCUCUUUUUUAUUAUUUUACUGCCUAUUGCUUGAGAGAAAAAAAAUAAAAAUUCGUCAUCAUGUUGGAUAUUUAUCAGGCCUCCUAUGAAGGAAAGCUAUUCGUCGUUCAGUCCAUGUUGGAAAAGGAUGCAUCCCUCAUUCACUCAUUUGACAAUGAUGGACGUACUGCCUUGCAUUGGGCUGCCUCAGGUGGACACGUCGACUGUGUCGACUAUUUGUUAAAUCAACACGCAUCUAUCAACUUACAAGAUAAAGAAGUAGGUUUUUUUUUAUAAAAAAAAAAAAAAAACAAUUCA